AGCUAAAUUAUAAUGACAAAUGAGGGAUAAAAAAAAUCUCAAUAAAAUUCUCAAGUUUGGCAACGUCGGUGGUCAUAGCAACAAGUCGAUGUCAACAAACAACAGGUUCAAAUUUAGAUAAACUUAAAAUAUUAUUAGCCACUAUGUUUAUAUAUCUUAGCAAAAAGAUUGCUAUACCAAACAACACAAAAAUUAAUGCACUUGCUUGGAAUAAAGAAGAUGGAUACAUUGCUGUUGGCGGCGAAGAUGGCCUAUUGAAAGUGUUAAAACUAGAUGCAGGUAGUGAAAAUGAUUCUGGCACUAAAGUCCGAGGUCUUGCUGCAGCAAGUAAUUUAUCAAUGAACCAAACACUUGAGGGCCACACCGAUAGUAUUCAAGUAUUAAUAUGGAAUGAAUCUCACAAAAAAUUAACAACCAGUGAUUUGAAUGGAGUUAUAAUAGUUUGGAUGAUGUACAAAGGCGCCUGGUAUGAAGAAAUGAUCAACAAUCGAAAAAAGUCGACUGUUGUUGGUAUGGCAUGGAGUUCAGACGGUCAAAAAAUUUGUAUUAUAUACGAAGACGGUGCAAUAAUUGUUGGGUGUGUUGGUGGCAAUAGAAUAUGGGGUAAAGAGCUGAAGCACGUUCAAUUGUCAGGGGUUCAAUGGUCCCCAGACGGGAAACUAUUACUCUUCAGUCUUAAAAAUGGACAAAUACAUUUGUAUGAUAAUCAAGGGAAUUUUGUGAUGAAAAUUGAAAUAUUAUCACAUGACACUAACAUUGAUCAAUCGCCUGUUGUGGGCUUGGAUUGGUAUAAUGGUCAAAAUGGCUAUAUGCAUUCAAUUUGUCCUAACUUGGCGAUUUGUUACGGCAACGGUAGAGCUCAAAUAAUGAGAAAUGAGAGUGACUCAGAUCCAGUGAUAUUAGACACCAUGAUGACUGCUGUACAUUGCAGUUGGAACCAUAAUGGGUCCAUAUUGGCUAUAACUGGUAGACAACGUUCAGAUGACAAAGAAGUAAACCUAGUUCAGUUUUAUAAUCCAUUUGGAGAUCAUUUGAGAACAUUAAAAGUGCCUGGAACUACAAUAUCAUGCUGCGUAUGGGAAGGAGGUUCUCUUAGAGUUGCCCUCGCAGUCGAUUCGUUCGUUUAUUUCGCCAACAUCAGGCCAGACUACAAAUGGUGCUCUUUCAAAAAUACCAUUGUUUUUACUUCCUGCAGAGCAGGGAAACCCGGAACUUGCAUUUCGUUCUGGGAUACUAACAAUAAUCAGUGUCACACUCGUUACGUGUCCGUCUUGUUGGGAGUCGCAGGAUGUGGUGACCAUUGUGUAAUAGUUACAAUUGCAGAAAAUGACGAUUCAUACUAUCUAAUACUUUAUAAUACUCUUGGAACUCCUGUAGAUGGAAAAUACAUCAACAUUGAGCCAGUAGCUGUCUGCAUGAACUCAUAUCAGGUUGUAACAGCUUCCAAAAAUAACUUCGUUAUUUGGUAUUAUAAAACGCCAAAAUCCACACUAUCGAAUACGCGAGGAAAAUGUAAAAUGUAUCACAUUGAUGACAGUCCUUCAGGAGCAGUGGAAAUCAUUCAAGAAUUAGAAAAUACUAAUAAAAUUUCAGUUAGCACACACACUACGUCAGAUCCAAUCUGCUGUAUGGCAUGUUCUGAAAAAUGUCUGGUGAUUGGCAGAGAAUCUGGUGUUAUUCAAUAUUAUGCUUUGCCACAUGUAGUACUAACCAACAGGUACAAAAUAUCGACCAGGCCCCAUAAAAUGGCCAUUAACUGCAACACAACUCGAUUGUCUGUGAUAGAUAUGUCAGGCGUUAUGACACUAAUAGAUAUAGGAGAAAGUGUGGGCAGAUCAGCCAGUUCUGCAGACAAGAAUAAUAAACUGGAAAGAAAAGAUGUGUGGGCAAUGUGUUGGGCGUCAGAUAAUCCCCAAUUGCUGGCUAUAAUGGAAAAAACUAGAAUGUAUAUAUUCAAAGGAAUAUAUCCGGAAGAACCAGUGGCUUGCUCAGGUUAUAUAUGUAGCUUCAACGAUCUAGAAAUACAAGCUGUACUUUUGGAUGAAGUGAUGGAGAGCCCAGAAAAACCAAGCAAGGAUCAUUUAAUUAGAUUGGAGAUUAAGAGUCUCAGAGACACCAGACAGUUACUGGAGAAAGUUGGUAUCGCUGAAGCUUCACAAUUUGUUGAGGACAAUCCUCAUCCAAGGUUGUGGAGGCUGGUGGCUGAGGCUGCUUUAAAGGAAAUGAAUUUAACAGUCGCCGAAUCAGCUUUGGUGAGAUCAAGAGAUUACUCUAAAGUUUCUUUUGUCAAAAAGCUUAAGGAAAUUAAUAAUGAUUCCAUAAAGAGGGCCAGAAUUGCCACUUACUUUAAAAAUUUUGAUGAAGCUGAAAAAAUAUAUAUGGAAGCUGACAGGAGUGAUCUUGCACUUAAUUUACGUCAAACUUUAGGAGAUUGGUUUAGAGUAAUUCAAAUAUUAAAAAACGGAGCGUCCGCCCCAGACUAUCUAUUGACCACUGCAUACAACUCAACAGCAGAUUACUUUUCGCAGUUUAACAAUUGGUCAUCAGCAGUAGAAUAUUAUGAACUAGCUAAAAACACCACGAAAAUGAUUGAAUGUUAUUACCAUCUGGAGGAUUAUAAAAAUUUGGAAUCUAUGAUCGACUAUUUACCUGAGGGUGAUCCCCUGUUAGAAAAAAUUGGUGAUAUGUUUGCAGCAAAUGCAGUUCACACUGAAGCUGUCAAGGCUUAUGUAAAGCUUGGGAAAGUAAAACUGGCCAUUGAUACUUGCAUUUUACAUAACAGAUGGAACACUGCAAUAGAACUAGCAAAAAAAUAUAACAUUUCAAAAAUUUCUGAUCUAUUGAUGAAAUAUACGUCUCACUUAAUUGAACAAGGCCAAAUUAUGAAGGCUGUGGAAAUAAAUGUACAAGCGAAAUAUUAUUAUCAAGCUGCGUAUCGCGUUUUUGAAUUAGCACAAGCUGAGGCACAAAAACCAAACAAAAACUUGAUGAAAAUUAAGAAAUUUUACGUGUAUGGUGCUAGGCUGCUGGAGAGCCAGAAGACCAUUCCAGGAUCAGGCGACUACAGAAUCGACCCUUUUCUAAUUGAAAAUGCCUGGAAAGGUGCUGAAGCAUACCAUUAUUACAUGUUAGCUCAGAAUCAGUUAUAUAAAGGAAAAAUUCACGAUGCACUUUGCACAACUUACAAACUACAAGAUUAUUUGGAGUUUCUGACAGAGACUGAAGUUUAUUCGUUAUUGGCUUUUGCUGCGUACCUUGAUAAAUCUUUUGCUUUGUGCUCAAAAGCUUUUCUUAAAUUAAAAGCGAUAAAAGGACUUAAUCAAAAUGAAUUUAAUCAAUGGAAUAAAUUAUCGUGGGACAUAUUUAGGAAAAACGAACCAGUCAACGUAAAACGGAAGAUGGUCACCUGUGGGAAUUGCCAAGCCUCAAUUUUAGAUUGGAACACCGUCUGUUCCAAUUGUCAAGUACAUUUCCCCACGUGUGUUGUAACCGGCAGUUCCAUCGUAGGACUUGCACCUGAUUGGAUUUGUAAGGUUUGUCAUCAUCCUUCUGGUGAAGGAAAAAUGGCAUUUAAAAACAGUUGCAGUUUAUGUCAUGCAAAAAAUGAAAAAACCGUUGCUGUGUGAUAAUAGAAAUAAGCUUAAAGUUACUUAGCGAUCACAUCAAAACUAUAGAUAGAAUUGCAAAUGUUAUUCAAUAAAAAAUUAAUCAAA